ACCAGCCAGCCCACCUCCACCGCAACUUGGCGGAGAAAUUCUCCUCUCUCACGGGGUCAACACACAUCUCUCAAACAGUAAACCUUUGUCAAAUGUGAACACUGAACUCUCAAAAUCUAAAUUUUUCCUAACACCUCAAAAAAACAAAUGAUUAUCAAAUCUCAAAUCCCAUUCUAUAAUCUUCUCUUGGUUUCUCUGUCUUUAUGGGCUCCUCCUUCUUGUUCCUCUUCUUUUCUUCCACACUGCUUCCUUAUCUCUGCAUCUCAGGCCCCAGCACUGUUCAAACCAUCAAACAACCCUUCACUGCUUCACAUUUUUUCUUCAUUGACCAGUCUGGUGUUUUCUUGAUCUCUUCUAAUGGCAACUUCACAGCCUCCAUAUCCAAUUCCGAAGAGAAUCCUCCAUAUUAUUUCUGUAUCACUCAUGUUAAGUCCAAUGCUAUCAUUUGGAUAGCUAACAGGAACCACCCCAUUUCAGAUUCUGAUAAGCUAUAUUUGACUACAAAUGGUCUUGCCAUUAAUAGUACUUAUAAUUCUAGUACUACAUCUGUAGUUUGGUCAACGGAAGGAUUAAGCCCAAGCUCUCAGGUUUCUGCUAUGGAGCUUCGGGAUUCAGGAAACCUUGUACUACUUAACAGGAACAAUGUUUCUUUAUGGGAGAGUUUUGAUCAACCAACUGAUACUAUUGUCAUGGGACAGAGUUUGGCUGUUGGGACAUCAGUGGACUGUUAUAACGCUGAGAAUGACAUGUCAGUUGGUGACUACAGGCUUGUAGUGACUGGUGGUGAUGCUGUUUUGCAGUGGAAUGGAAUGAGUUAUUGGAAGCUAUCAAUGGAGCCAAAAGGUUCACAGGAUUCAAAGGUGCCUGUCUCAUUUUUGGCCUUGAAUGAUACAGGUUUGUUUUUGCUUGGAAGUGAUAGAUCAACUGUUGUGAUUAAGCUUACUUUGGGCCCUGCAGAUUUUAGAGUUGCCAAGUUAGGGUUUGAUGGGAAGCUUAGUGUUAGAAAAUUUGUUGAUCAAAAUUGGGUGCAGGAAUUUGUGAGCCCUGCUGAUGAAUGUCAGAUUCCUCUCAGUUGUAACAAAAUGGGGUUAUGCAGUUCAGGAAGAUGCUCUUGUCCACCAAAUUUCCAUGGUGAUCCUCUUUCAAAAAGUGGCUGCACGCCGACAGAUGCUUCACUUGCUUUGCCUUCAGGUUGUAGUAAUGGAAAAGAAUUGAAUUCUUCUGUUUUCUAUGUCAAUUUAGGCUCUGAAUUAGACUAUUUUGCUAAUGGUUUUAUGGCUCCUGCUAAACGGGAUAUCAAUUUAUUAGCUUGCCAAGAUCUUUGCACCCGAAAUUGUUCUUGUUUAGGCAUCUUCUAUGGAAAUUCCUCAGGUUCUUGUUAUCUUCUUGAAAACCCUUUGGGGUCUAUCAUGGAAGCCUCUAGCUCCAACAGCAAACGGUUAGGCUACGUGAAGACUAUAGUUGUAUCUUCGCGUGCAAACAAAGUGAAUGAAUCUGCAAAAUUUCCAAUUGUAGGUUUGGUUCUAUUACCUUCAUCUGGAAUCCUUUUGAUUAUCAUUGUUGUUUUAGGGUUCAUUUGUUGGAGAAGGAAUAGACUGUAUAGAACUGCUAAGUUGAAAUUAGGCCGUGGCGAUUCUUCUUCAUCUGAGCUUGAGAUAAUUUCUAUCCCGGGUUUGCCAGUAAGGUUUAAUUAUGAAGACCUUGUGGCUGCAACAGAAAGUUUCAGCACUCAAAUUGGUAGUGGCGGCUUUGGAACCGUGUACAAAGGCACUCUGCCUGACAAAUCCGUUGUGGCAGUCAAGAAGAUUACCAAUGUUGGUGUGCAAGGAAAGAAGGAAUUCUGCACCGAAAUUGCGAUUAUAGGAAGCACUCGUCAUGUUAAUCUUGUUAAAUUGAAAGGGUUUUGCGCACAAGGGAGACAGAGGUUUCUGGUAUAUGAGUACAUGAACAGAGGCUCACUGGACAGAACGCUCUUUGGUAAUGGACCUGUUUUGAAGUGGCAAGAAAGGUUUGAGAUUGCUCUUGGAACCGCAAGGGGACUUGCUUACUUGCAUAGUUAUUGUGAGCGCAAGAUCAUCCAUUGUGAUGUGAAGCCAGAGAACAUUCUUUUGCAUGACAAUUUACAGGUUAAAAUCUCCGAUUUCGGGCUUUCGAAGCUGCUAACCCCUGAACAAUCCAGUCUCUUCACUACAAUGAGAGGGACACGAGGCUAUCUUGCACCAGAAUGGCUAGCGGGCGUUACGAUCUCAGAUAAAGCUGAUGUUUAUAGUUAUGGAAUGGUAUUGCUAGAAAUUGUAAGGGGAAGGAAAAACAGCGCAGCACAGCCGCAAAGCCGAAGCAUAGAAAACGAUAGCAGCGAAGGAAAUGGAACAUCUUCAUCCUCUUCAGGUUGGGAACCUAGGUCUGCGUAUUUCCCCCUACACGCGCUAGAAAUGCAUGAGAAAAAAAGGUACUCGGAGCUUGCAGACUCCAGGCUAGAAAGACGGGUGGCGAACGAGGAGGUUGAGAAGCUAGUGAAGGUGGCCUUGUGCUGUUUACAUGAAGAUCCUACGCUGAGGCCAACAAUGGUUAAUGUUGUUGGCAUGUUGGAAGGUAUAACUCCUUUGGCUGAGCCAAGGCAGGAAUCAUUAAAUUUCUUGAGAUUCUAUGGCAGGAGGUUCAGUGAGGCGUCUAGAAUUGAAGGGUCUAAUGAGCGAAAUGAGUUUGGUUUGUUCCCUCAAGCAAACCUCACUAGUGGCACCAGUAGUUCUUACACCUCAAUGUCUUACUUGUCUGCACAACAGCUUUCUGGUCCUAGAUAACACUGAAGGAUCCAUGCUUUUUUAGCAUGCCUCUGUACAAAAAUGUAUCUGUCUGUGUUUUUUUUCCUCGGGAAAAUAUUUUGUUCCUAGUGUUUUAACAGUUUAUGUUCUAGCUUCUUUCAGCAUGGUUA